AUGACUUCUGUGGUUCUUGUAACUGGAGCCAGUGGUCUGCUUGGCCGUCAAGUAUUCAAUACUUUCCAGCGCUCGGGAGUUCUAGUCGUUGGACAGGGAUUAUCUCGGGCUACCCCUCCAACUAUCCUGAAAGCGGACCUGGAGAAGGCAGAGGAGGUCAAUUAUAUCCUCAAUGAGGUGAAGCCCCAGAUUGUCAUCCAUUGUGCCGCAAACAAAUCCCCGGACUCGUGUGACAAGGAUCCCGAGAAGGCACGUAAGCUCAAUGUCGACGCCACACGUGUUCUCGCAGAGCAAUGCGCUACCCGCGGAGCUUUAUUGAUCUACAUCUCCACCGACUACGUCUUCCCCGGAACGGAGGGUGAAGCACCUUAUGAAGCAGAUGCCGAGACCAACCCACCGAACCUGUACGGUCAAUUGAAACGGGAUGGAGAGAUCGCAGUGCUGGAAGCUACAAAGGACACUGGUCUAGGUGUGGUUCUCCGCGUCCCGGUGCUCUACGGAACAUCCAAGGACACAUCCGAAAGCGCCGUCAACACCUUGGUGGAAUCGGUCAUGAAGGCACAGGAUGCCGAUGCUGGCGUCAAGAUGGAUGACUGGGCCCAGAGGUAUCCCACUAAUACCGAGGACGUCGCGCGUAUCUGCCGGGACAUUGUCAUCAAGUACAUCAAGGAGAAACACCGAAUGAAAGAGCUGCCACAUAUUUUGCAGUUCAGCUCUGAGGACCGUAUGACCAAGUAUGAAAUCUGUGAGAAGCUUGCUGGCAUCCUUGGAUUCCCGUUGCCUGGUAUGAUCCGCAACAAGCAAGGCAAUGACCCCAAUGCUGGAGCUCAGCGGCCAUACGAUACACAUCUGUCCACCAAGGCACUCGUGGAUUUGGGAAUUGAUGUCAGAACCGUCGACUUUGUGACCUGGUGGCGACGUGAGCUUGGGGCGUAUAGGAAGUAG